GGUGUCGUGGUGCGGCAUAUGAAUCGCUUUUUUACGUGAGAUCGACAUGUGUGGGAUCGAGGGCGGCGUGACACCUCCCGCAAAUUGUAUCUCCGCAUGUUGCACCCCGCAUUCGGUGCUCAUAGUAUAAGAAGCAUUCGCACAUCUGUAGUCGCGAGGUGUUCUUAACCGCCCCCCCGCAUCGAUUGGACUGGUCGAAUUCCUACGUUGUAUAUAGCGCUGAUCGAGUGCUGACUUCCGACUCUACAUAACCGCCCAACAUGUGGAACCCAUGGCGUGAGAACUUGAAGGACACGCCCAAGGAGUCGCUCAACUGGCGUCUCUGGUUUGGUGUCUUUGGUAACACUUGAGCCAAAUCCAAUCUACGCUCAGACUAAUUUUUCUUUUUAGUCUUCGGUCUCAUGGGCGCUGCUCGAGGUAUCGACGAAGGCCUAAUCGGUACAACCGCAGAACUUGAACCGUUCAAGCUGAAGUUUGGCCUCGAGGAUCCGAAUAAAUCCAAGCAUGAAAAGGCAGAACUCCUGUCAAACAUCACGUCAAUGGUGCAGAUGGGCUCUAUCCUUGGAGCCUUGAUAGCCUUCUUCAUCACAGAUCGCAUUGGUCGCCUUUGGGCGACGCGACAGCUCUGUGUAGUAUGGGUUAUCGGAAUCUCCAUCUUUCUUGCGAGCUCUGCAACUGGAUCUGUUGGGCAAAUCUAUGCUGGCAGAUUCAUCGCUGGUGUUGGAAUUGGACAGACGACUGUUGUCGCGCCAACUUAUCUUGCUGAAACUGCUCCAAGGGCUAUCCGUGGUCUUUGUGUCUGCGCUUUCGCUGGAGCAGUCUAUAUCGGUAUCAUGCUUGCCUACUUCGCAUCCUGGGGCUCGUCCAUCCACAUCUCCUCACACACUGACGCGCAGUGGCUGGUACCCAAUAGCAUGCACUUGAUGUUUGCCGUAUUGAUAUUCACCCUUUCUUUUUUCAGUCGCGAGAGUCCGCGAUGGCUGAUCAAAGUUGGCCGCCACGAGGAAGCACUUGACAACCUUUCGCGCCUUCGCCAGCUACCUGCCGACCACCCGUAUGUCACGUCCGAGAUCGUUGAUAUCAACGACCAGCUCAACCGUGAGCGGGAAGCAACAAUGGGAACGUCCUGGCUCGGCCCAAUCCGGGAGCUUUUUUCGAGCAAGGCCAACCUUUAUCGCAUCCAGCUCUCUAUCAUGUCACAGCUGCUGUCACAGUGGUCGGGCUCGAAUAGCAUAACUGUAUACGCGCCGCAGUACUUCGCGAUGAUGGGAACCACCGGCCAAAAGGAGAAGCUCUUUGCAACGGCCAUCUUCGGUGUCGUCAAGUUCGUUUCCAGCAUGAUAUGCGCCCUCUUUCUUAUAGACUUCAUCGGUCGCAAGCGUUCACUGUCUGCCGGUAUCUCGAUUCAACUUUUCGCCAUGCUGUAUAUGGCCAUCUUUUUGCUGGUGGAUAACAAGGUUUCUGAUAAGAGUAUACCGCAGACUCCUAGUCAGAAGCGAGCGGCAAUGGGCGCCAUUGUGAUGAUAUAUUUCAGCGGAUUUGGCUGGGCGCUUGGCUGGAACAGUAUACAGUACCUGAUCAACUCCGAGAUUUAUCCUCUUAGACUAAGAGCCUUGGGUGGCAGUAUUGCCAUGACGUUCCAUUUCGUCAACCAGUAUGGUAAUAGCAAGGCUGUGCCCAUCAUGUUCCUUGCCAUGACCCACGGCGGUACGAUGAUGUUCUUCUCGUGUGUGACUGCGAUCGGCCUCGUAUGGGUGUAUUUCUUCCUCCCAGAAACGACCGGAAAGUCUCUCGAAGCCAUGGACGAGAUGUUCAGCUUACCAUGGCAUCUAAUCGGUCGCAAGGGCGCGGAGCUCACGAGAGGAAGUGGUGGCAUAUCUGAGGUUUUGGACCAUGCAGGCGAGAAGGCGGCUACGGUUGAGAUGGAACAUGCUGAGCAUGCUACUGGUGGAACUCAGAACCAGAGAACGGAAAAGGUCUGAGCUGUACCGAACUUGUAUUGGAGAACAUCGGUGAUGAUCGCACGCACGGCGACGUUACAUAGACAAUAGGAACACACUUCUUGCGAAGUUAAGAGAUCUAUUCGUCACCUCGCUCAUAAAUGGAC